AUGGCUGGCCUCGACCUUUCGGCUCGCCUUAGUGGGCGAUGGCUCAUUAGCAUGGUUACUAUCGCCAAUGCCUGCUCCAUGGCGUGGUUCGGUUAUGACCAGGGUGUGUUCUCCGGAGUGUUAAUUUCAGCCGAUUUCAAGAAACACUUCCCGGAGACCGACGAUGCUGACAUCUCCGGCAUCACCUCGAGCUGCUUUUCCCUCGGCGCCUUCUUUGGUGCCAUCUUCGCCUUCACGCUUGGCGAUAAACUCGGUCGGAAAAAGACCGUCGCGCUGGGUCUGGCUUGUAAUGUGAUCGGAGCGGUGCUGCAGGUCGUCGCGUGGCAUCUGCCGCAGAUGAUUAUCGGACGUGUCAUCAAUGGCUUCGGAAUGGGCCUGACCUCCUCGACCUGUCCGGUCUACCAGGCUGAAUGCUCGAAACCAAACGUCCGCGGCAAGCUCGUGGUCGUCGGAUCCCUCUGUAACACCGCAGCAUUCUGUCUCGCCAAUUGGAUGAACUACGGGCUGUAUUUCCAGGGCGAAGCGCUGCAAUGGCGAUUUCCCUUGGGCUUUCAACUCAUAUUCCCCAUCAUCGUAGCAAUGGCGCUAGUCCUAAUCCCGGAGUCCCCGCGAUGGCUCCUCCUCCAGGACCGACCCGACGAGGCGCUGCAAGUGCUGGCGCGAUUGCAGGGCAAGGGCAAGGAUAUCCACGACGCCGAUGUGUCGGCGGAAUUUCUAUCCAUCCAAUCAGCGCUGCAGGUGGAGCGUAAGGACCGCGUGCCCACGAUGGACGUGUUGCUGUGUCGCGACAAAACUCAGACUCUGCGCCGACUGCUGCUCUCUUGCGGAACGCAGUUCAUGCAGCAGUUCAGUGGUGUCAAUGCGCUAGGAUACUACCUGCCUACUCUGUUACAGCAGAGCGUGGGUCUCGACGAAGAGGAAAGUCGCCUGUUGACCGGGAUCAACGCCACCAUCUACCUGGUAGCCGCCUUCUGCUGUCUGCUUAUCAUCGAUCGCUUUGGUCGUCGCAAGAUGAUGCUCUACGGUUCCUUGACCAUGGGUUCAUGCUACCUCAUCGCGUCUAUCUGUCUGAAAGUAGCCGCGGACGACCCGUCGCGCGAGCGCCUCCUCGGCCGCGUCACCACCGCCAUGUUCUUCCUCUACUACUUCUUUUACGGCACAAGCUUCGCCAAAGUCCCUUGGGUGUACAACUCCGAAGUAAACUCCCUGGGAUGGCGUACUCGCGGCGCGGCAGCCGCCACGGCAACGAACUGGAUGGGCGGGUUCAUCGUCACGCAGUUCACGAAAGUCGGUGUAGAUAAUAUCCACUGGCGAUUCUACCUGAUGUUCGCCAUCAUCGUCUGGGCCUACUUCCCUGUAAUUUACUGCCUGUACCCCGAAACCUCGCGUCGCACGCUAGAAGACAUGGAUGAGAUCUUCAUUCGUCAUAAAUCGCCCAUCGUGUGCGGGAACAGGUCGUUGACGCAGCGGAAACGGCCACAGGAGUUUGUCGAGGCGGAGUCGAAACGCAUCGAGACGAUGGAUGAGGUGGUUGUUGGGGAUUCAGUUAAAUGUGGGUCGGCGAUUCAUCAUGAAAGAGUUUGA